AUGGAUCAAUUGGAACAGAAUCAAGUUGUUAUGAGGGAAGAUAUGACCACUGUGAAGUCUCAGAUGGGUCAGCUUGUUGAAGCCCUACAAGCUUUGGCUAGGGGACAAGAGAAAAUGCGUCAGGCUAAUCUGAGAGUCACCGCCUCCAACCCUGCUAUUGUGACAAUAUUGGUGAAUCCGCUAGGAGGAGCUGGUACACGUGUUGUAGCUCAGCCGCCUCCUGAGAGAGGUCUAGUAUAUCAAAAUGUUGCUCAAGCAUUCAAUAUCCAUGUCAAUGGGAGAGUUCAACCUGAGAUUGACGAUCAUCAGGAUGCUUUCUUCACCACAAGGGCUAAUUCAGUUUAUGACGCUUUUGGUCCUUCUCUUGCUGACCUCGAAAGGAGAUUUUGUAUGGUGGAGGAGAGAUUCAAAGCGAUGGAAGGUCCUGAUACCUUUGGGUUAGAUGCUGCCGACAUGUGCUUAGUGUCAGGUGUGAAAAUUCCUCCUAAGUUCAAAGUUCCGAGCUUUGAAAAAAAGAUGGUUGCUCAUUCUGAUGAUGAAAAACUCUUAAUACACUUUUUCCAGGAUAUCCUUAGUGGAGGUUCUCUCGAAUGGUAUAUACAGCUCAAGCGCACACAUAUACGAACCUGGGGGGAACUUGUUGAAGCCUUCUUGGAGCAUUAUCAGUAUAAUUCAGACAUGGCUCCCAAUCGGACUCAGCUCCAAAGCCUUGUUCAGAAGUCGGAUGAAUCAUUUAUAGAAUACGCCCAACGUUGGAGAGAUCUAGCUGCCAGGGUCCAACCCCCUCUGCUUGAAAGAGAACUGUUAGACAUGUUCAUGAAUACCCUUCAAGGGCCGUAUCUUGAUAGAAUGAUUGGAAGUACUACCUCAGGAUUCUCAGACUUGGUCAUUAAUGGCGAGCGAAUCGAGAACGGCUUGAAGAUUGGCAAGAUACAAGAUACAACAGUUGUGGCUAGUGGAACGAAGAAGUCUCAUUCCGGAUUCUCAAAGAAGAAUGAAGGGGAGACCAAUGCUACCACAAUCACUAAAGGGGGAGAUGGAGUUUACCAAAUGCCAUACUAUCCGGUGGCAGUAGUAACACCUAACCUGUAUCAGCAACCAAUGUAUGCUAUUCCUACUGGUCCUCCAGUAAUGCAAUAUCAGCAACUCUAUGCUCCUCAGCAACCUUUUACUCCGCAACAACAAAACUACUAUCAGCAGGGUAGACAAGGACCAAGGAGGCCUCCCAGAAGGUUUGAUUCAGUUCCCAUGCCGUAUGGUAUUUUGCUAGCUCAUUUUCUCAAGGAUUUGUUGGUUCAGCUAAGAGAAGCUAAGGCUCCUCCAGUACCUCUUCCUUCCGGGUAUGACAUGAAUGUCAGUUGCGAGUACCACUCUGGGACGUCAGGGCCCUCGAUCGAGAAUUGCAAUAUCUUCAAGCACAAAGUAUAA